AUGGCCGAAGUAGACGACAUAGACGACCAAGUGUCGGUAGCCGAUGAAGACUUCGCUUUGAGCAACAACUCAAAGAAGCGCAAGACAAUUGCCAAGGAUGAAGGGCCAGCCUGCCAGUCAUGUCGCCGGAAGAAAGCACGCUGCAGUCGUCAGCAGCCCUGUGAUCAGUGCCUCAAAUAUCACUUCGAGUGUGUUUACGAUGAGAAGAAGACGAAACCUGGUCUACGAAUGGGGGCCAUUGAGCAUCUCACACAGCGAGUUACGACCCUGGAGAACAUGUUCCUUGGCCAAGGUGUCUUAUGGCAACAGGUUUGGAAAUGCUUAAACUCCCUCGGAGUAGAACAGCUUCCGUCCGACUCUGGAUGUUCCCCAGGCCAUGCAUUAGACGGAGAAGAAAGCAAUCUGAGAGAACACACUCGUAGACUGAGAGAUACACUUUCUUCGUUGGCAAACCAGACCACGGGCGACCUCUCCGAUUGUGAUAAUCCUUCUCCAAAGCGAAGGCGAACUCAUGAAGAGCGGACAAAGGUACAACGCGGCGAGUCAGGAGACUUCGGUCACGACGUGGAGCUUCCACCGGACGAUCUCAUCGAUGCUCUUGUUGAGAUAUAUUUCGCCCGGAUCCAUCCCUGGAUUCCGAUGCUGCAUGUCCGCGAAUUCCGAGAGAGGAUGGCCACCCCUUCUAAGCGGCAGCGACUGACGACGAUAUUUCACGCCAUAGUCUCACUUUGCGUGCGGUUUUCGCACGAUCCGCGACUUGAUGAGCCCGAGGCGCGAUUGAGAUACGCAAGGCGGUGUCGCCAGAUAGUGAUCAUCAGGAGUAUGGAGUCCUUCUCGGUUGAGAACCUGCAGGCGCUGAUUAUCUGCGCCUUUGAUGUUAUCGGGAGCGGUCGCGGCCCCUCGGCUUGGUCCAUUGUAGGAAGCAUGGCGCGGACGGCUGAGCAGCUUCAAUUGAGCAUCGAAGAUGAAGAAAGCCACUCGCCGUCAGGAGCUCUCAUCAAGCGAAUCGCAUUUCUCCCACCCUGCAAGAGCUGGAAGGAGGUCGAGGAGAGACGGCGGAUUUUCUGGAAUGUCUUUCUCAUGGAUCGUUUCUGCAGCAUCGCAACUGGCUGGAACUGCUCCCUAACAAGUGCGGACGUGAAGAGAAGACUCCCAUGCGAAGGCGCCUUGUGGGAGGAGGGCGAGCCCCUCAAGACACCAACUCCCUACUUUGGAAUCGCGGACCAGUCUGUCAACAUGAACGCAGCAGGCGCCCUUCCGACAGCGCGGCCAGAAGACGAGGACCCUUCUUCGCUGGGCGGUUUCGCGUACUGCAUCGAGGCCACAGAGAGCCUCAGUCUGGUCACUACGUUUUUCCUGCAGCAAGCUGUGGAUGUGUCCAAGAUGCGGGACGUGCAGCUCUGGCUCAUGAAGUUUAAGCAGCUAGACUUACGACUGGUGCAAUGGAAGCUUUUUCUCCCGGAGCGAUGGCGAGAAGCCUGCGUAUUGAACGAUGGCAUCAUGGAUCCAAACCUGACCCUCGCCCACAUCACUCAUAACACCGCCGUGGUCCUCCUACACCAAGGGAUUGCAUACCCAUCUGCAGAAUGGCAGGCCACGACCAUAAGACUUCCCUCCGCUUCCAGCGCCGAGACCUGCCUCGCUGCAGCCACAGAGGUGGCAAUCAUUGCCGACAAGUUUCUUCAGUGCUCUCACAUUCUCACAAAUCCGCAAUUCGCCUUCUGUCUGUUCAUUUGUGGCCGGAUGCUUCUAGCCCACGCCAUCCAUUAUAGCUGCCCGCUGGCCCCGGAGUUUGAGUCGCUGAUAAGUAGCCUGAGGGAGAUCUCAACAAGAUGCAAUGGGCCCCACACAACAACCGCUGCCCCCGACAACUUGGCCUCCAAAUUUGCUGUUCGCCUUGACCAGGCUCGACAGCAGGGGGCUGAGCCGCUGGAUAUCAGAGAGGCGGCAUACUCCCAGAGUAGUAGUAUGAAGGCAAGUAGCUCUGCUAUACGUCAGCAAAGUUUCGCUGGUGAAGGUCCCGGCAUGCAAUCAGCCCACCUUGGCAUCCCUGUUGGAACGAAAUCUGUCGGAAUGGUCAGUCGUGAUGAAGAAGGCUCUCCAGACAGCAUCUCUCUUGCUUUUCCACCUCUUCCGUUGGCUUUCCAGCCUCAGCCUGAUAGUGCCGCUCAGACGAGAAUGCCCUCUCCAAUGCCAAUAACGGGCACGAUCCCCGACCCUUCUUCGGUAUUUUUUAUGCCGAGCGCAUCGUACGACGAUCCAGGACCGCCAAGUAUGGAUCCCGUGACGGGAUCUGGCUUCGAGCAGCUCAACUCCUAUCUGGAGUAUUCAUUUCUGCCAAACCAGAGGAUCAGUAUGUUUUCGCAGCACGAUGCCAAGGACACAACAAUGCUUUAG